AUGGGCAAAUCCUCGAAAGCCUUGAGCCUUAAUUAUACCCUGCCUGAGCCCAACUUGACCUCAGCUCUCUUCGUUAGCGAGGAGGGAUCUUCCAUCGGCGGCAUCCACUCCUUUCCCACCGGCGAUACCCCCUCAGGACACCGUCACGAGUGCUAUCAAGGUGCGAUUUACUCGGCUGCCAGUCCGAGGUUCAAGGGUACCCAUUUGACAUUCAUUGGCACCACAGCUCGCGAAACAGAUCCUGAGAAGUGGAACUCUUUGUUGGGCGAUUUGUUUGCCAAUCAACUGAGCGGGAAACAAAAGAUGGCGGCUACAUCUCGUGAGAGCAAAGAGGAGGGACGCAUGAUUACAGAUUCGAGUUGCUCCCAGGCCCAGAAAAUGUUGAUGAGCAACGGUAUCUUGAUCCUCUCCAAAAGGCAAUGA